UUUCGCGCCAAACGGCUAGCGUAAAUAAAUGCUGUGUUAGAAAAAUAUUGUUUUAAUCGUGUUUAUAUUAAAUGAUUUAUUUGUUAUCGAGUGUUAACUAAAAUCCAUAAUGUCUACACCAUCUAAACGCCCGUCGUCACGGGCGUCUACUGCAUCGGACCCUCAGACUCCCUCGCGCAGAACAAGAUCAUCGCAACAAGUAGUCGUGCCUGAAACUCCACAAAGAUCAACAGGAACUCCUUCCAAAGAUGGCACUCCCAGAAGGACUCCGAGGACACCUAACCAGGCCCCCGGAACAUCCCCGGCACGUGCCAUGGCUUCCAGCCCCAUAGGCACCGACAUAGACAUGAGCUCACCACUCAACUACGGGACUCCGAGCUCGCUCAGCACGCCUCGCUCGAUGAUGCGCGGUGUCAUGACGCCGGCGCGCCAGCGGGCUGAUCUAUGGAGCCACCAGUCCGGACCUAAUGUGCCUGCACCUACGCCUACACACAGGGCAGAUGAAUUAACACCAGAGUCCAGUGAACCACAGCUGGUGGUGUGGGGUACAGAUGUAGCCAUUGCCGAGUGCCGAGAGAAGUUUAUCAAGUUCAUGCAGAGAUUUGUGGAGCCUGACGCCGUUACAACGGAGCCACUGUAUGAGAUUAAAUUGGAUGAGAUACACACACUGGAAGAACCUUUUCUGGAUGUAGAUUGCGAGCAUAUCAAAGCAUUUGAUGCGAAACUUCAUAGGCAGCUGAUCUGCUACCCACAGGAGGUUAUCCCAGCGUUCGACGCGGCGGUGAACGAGCUGUUCUUCGAGAAGUAUCCCGCUGCGGUUUUAGAACAUCAGAUACAAGUGCGGCCGUACAACGCACCACGCAGAAACAUGAGGGAUCUCAACCCUGAAGACAUCGACCAGCUUGUCACAAUCUCCGGCAUGGUGACUCGAACCUCCGCCAUUGUGCCGGAGAUGCGCGAGGCGUACUUCAGGUGCGCGGUAUGCGGCGCGGGGGCGGCGGCCGAGCUCACCCGGGGCCGCGUGCCGGAGCCCGCGCAUUGCGGACACUGCGGGACAGCUCACAGCUUCCAGCUGCUGCAUAACCGCUCCCACUUCAGUGAUAAGCAGCUGGUGACGCUGCAAGAGGCACCCGAUGACAUGCCGGCGGGUCGCACGCCAGCCACAGUAUCCGUAGUCGCACACGGCGCGCUGGUAGAGGCGGCGUCGGCGGGCGCGCGCGUCGCCGUCACGGGCGUAUUCCGCGCCGCGCCCGCGACCGCACACCCGCGACGCGCGACGCUUCAGGCGUUGCAUCGCACGCAUUUAGACGCGCUACAUUAUCGCACGCAGUGCGCUGACCGCCUCCGAGAGACUGACCCAGGCAAAGAGCUCCAGUUCCCACCAGAGCGCAUCGAACUCUUCAAGGAGCUCGCGGCUCAGUCGGAUUGCUAUGAGCGACUAGCGCGCGCCAUAGCACCUUCCAUAUACGACAACCUUGAUAUCAAAAAAGGCGUGUUGUUGCAACUGCUAGGAGGCACUAAGAAGAACUUUAACGCCGCUGGACGGACUCAUUUCAGGUCGGAGAUCAACAUCCUGCUCUGCGGCGACCCGGGCACCAGCAAGUCGCAGCUGCUGCGGUGGACGCACGCGUUAGUCCCCCGCGCUCAGUACACCUCCGGCCGAGGGAGCUCCGCCGUCGGCCUCACUGCUUACGUCACUAAGGACCCGCAUACACGCCAGCUGGUUUUACAGACUGGUGCAUUAGUCUUAGCGGACAACGGCAUCUGCUGCAUCGACGAGUUCGACAAAAUGAACGACUCCACCCGCAGUGUUUUACACGAGGUAAUGGAACAACAGACGCUGUCAAUCGCGAAGGCGGGUAUAAUCUGUCAACUGAACGCCCGCACGUCGAUCCUCGCGGCCGCCAACCCAGCCGAGUCGCAGUGGAACAAGAACAAGACUAUCGUGGAGAAUGUACAACUGCCGCAUACUCUUAUGUCCAGGUUCGACUUAAUCUUUCUAAUACUGGAUCCGUCAGAUGAGGCAUUCGACCGGCGACUGGCGACGCAUCUGGUAUCGCUGUAUUACAGCGACCCCGCCGACACGCACGACGACGAGGAGAGCGUGAGCAUGGCGCUAAUGCGGGACUACAUAGCGUUCGCGAAGGAGAACGUACACCCCGUGCUGAGCGAGGCCGCGCAACAGAGACUUAUUGAUGCCUACGUCGAUAUGAGACGCGUUGGCAGCGGCCGCGGUCAGAUCUCGGCGUACCCGCGACAACUGGAGUCUCUGAUCCGCCUGGCGGAGGCGCGCGCGCGCUGCCGACUGUCUGAUGUCGUCGAGUUGAGCGACGUCGAUGAGGCUGCCAGACUUCACCGCGAAGCUCUCAAACAAUCAGCCACAGACCCGGCCUCCGGUCGUAUCGACGUGGGCAUUCUGACGACGGGUCUCGGCGCGGGCGCUCGCCGUCGCCGCGCGGACUUACGCGCUGCCCUCACUACACUGUUACAGACUAAGUCGAGGCCUUCACAGCUGGCUACUGCCGCUAUACUGACGGAGAUUAAUAAUGCUUCGCAAGUGACUGUAACCCGCGAACAACUGGACGAGGCGCUGCGAGACCUGCAGGACGAGGGGAAACUGCUCGUCGUCAACCACACGCACAUACGACUCACAUAGGUGUGCGGAUUGUUGCCGAUUCAUAUGUUUCGGUAUACAGAUUCCUGUUAAUAGGUCAUUCAUGUAUUACGUCACAACACAAGGGAGAAAACUCAAAUCACAGAGGCCAAAGCCAAACCCAAAUCCCAUACCAUAAAAUAAGAUGUUAAUAGGGUUUACUAUAAAACAGUAGAAAAAUUACAAACCCAAAUCCUAUAACAUAAAAAUAAGAUGUUUAUAUAGGGUUUACUACAAGUAGAAUAGCAUUUUACCAGUCGAAAACUGAACUUUUUCUGGAUAAAUUGUAGCCAAACUGUUUAUCUAGAGCCUGAUGUGUUACGGUACUUUAUAAAUAUGCGUGGUGGCCGAAAACGAACAUAUUAUGAUCGACCGAGAUAGCAUACUCGGUAGGCCGAAGCCCACUGACGUUAUUUCAGAC